CCGCCUUCGCUAGCGCCGCCGUCUCAGUCCCGCUCACCCGACCUCAUCCGGAACCCUAGCUCGCCCUAGGCCGCGUUUCCGCUGCCGAUUUGUCAGUCCUUGAGUUGUUCGCUCCCCCCUCUCCGCGUCCUCCUCCAUGAGCCUCGCGGCCGAGUCGCCGUCCCCUGCCCCGUCGUCCUCCAGCGGCAGCGACGAUUUCGCUGCGCUCCUGGACUCGGAGCUCGAGCUCGCCUCUGCCGUCGAUUCCGCCUCUCCUGACGACCCCGCCACAUCGCUCACCAGCAGCGACGACGAGGAAGAAGAAGACGCGGUGGUCGAGGCAGAAGAUGCGGGACAGAGCAGUACUAAAAGGCGUAAAGUGGAUGUACAACACCAAGAUCGAGGAACAAUAAGGCCUGAUGAAGAUGCAAUUGCUUCAUCUAAAGAUGCUCAAAUCAAGAUAUGUCCUCCACAUCCUGGAUUUUUCGGUGGACUUUGCUUUAGGUGUGGGAAAAGGCAAGACGAGGAAGAUGUUCCAGGAGUUGCUUUUGGUUACGUCCACAAGGGUUUGAGGCUAGGUACUUCAGAAAUGGACAGACUACGUGGAUCUGAUUUGAAGAACUUACUGCGUGAAAGAAAACUGAUACUUAUUUUAGACUUGGAUCAUACACUGAUUAACUCGACAAAACUCCAUGAUAUUUCUGCUGCUGAAAAUAACCUGGGAAUUCAAACUGCUGCAUCAAAAGAUGAUCCAAAUGGAAGCUUGUUCACAUUAGAAGGAAUGCAAAUGCUUACAAAGUUGAGACCCUUUGUGCGUAAAUUUUUAAAAGAAGCAAGCACUAUGUUUGAGAUGUAUAUAUACACCAUGGGUGACAAGGCUUACGCAAUUGAAAUAGCAAAGCUUCUUGAUCCUCGUAAUGUCUAUUUUGAUUCCAAAGUGAUUUCAAACUCUGACUGUACUCAGCGACACCAGAAAGGUCUUGAUAUGGUUCUGGGAGCUGAAAGUGUUGCAGUGAUUCUUGAUGACACUGAGUAUGUCUGGCAGAAGCAUAAAGAAAACCUGAUUCUGAUGGAGAGAUAUCAUUACUUUGCAUCAAGCUGUCGCCAAUUUGGUUUUAGCGUCAAAUCUCUGUCAGAGUCGAUGCAAGAUGAAAGGGGGAUUGAUGGUGCUUUGGCUACUAUUUUAGAUGUCCUGAAGCGUAUACACACAAUUUUCUUUGACUCGGCUGCUGAAACUGCUCUUUCUUCACGGGAUGUAAGACAGGUAAUCAAGGGGGUACGGCAGGAAGUACUGCAAGGCUGCAAACUAGUCUUCAGCCGGGUGUUCCCAAAUCGUUCUGUCCCACAGGAUCAGUUUAUCUGGAAGAUGGCGGAGCAGUUGGGAGCUAUUUGCUGUGCAGAUGUGGAUUCGACGAUCACCCAUGUCGUUGCUGUGGAUGUUGGAACAGAUAAGUCUCGCUGGGCAGUGGCCAACGGCAAGUUCUUGGUCCAUCCCCGCUGGAUUGAAGCCUCAAAUUUCCGGUGGCACCGGCAGCCUGAGGAAGAUUUCCCUGUAAAGGUAAAGAAGAAGGAAAUGGAUAAAGAAAAUGAUGUUGCUGCUGCCACUACCGGUAAAGAAAAUGAUGCUGCUGCUGCUGCCGCCACCACUAAAGAAAAUGACGUUGCUGCGGCCACUGCUGGUCCAACCGACUCGUAA